CGUCAUAUUGCGCUGUAAACAUGGCGCCGUCCAGGGAUCGCAACGUGAGAUUGGGGGAAUCUGACCAGGGAAAAAGCAAAAAAUCGCCUAAAACAGAAAUAAACAGUAAAGUAGAUCUUGUUCUUGAGAGCAGGAAACACGCAAACGCCGUCUUUGAUAUUCUUGAGUAUCUACAGGCAGAGAAAGAAGAUGAAGUUGUUUGUGCCGUCAAUGCCUGUAACAAGAUGUUUUGUGCCUUGUUGGAGAGAGGAGAUCUUUUUAUUGGUCAGUUACCGAAGGAGGAGGAAACGCUGGUGACAGCUAAUUACAGUGCUGAAGAGAAGUACAAGAUGUGGAUGAGACACCGCUACAACAGCUGUGUGGAGCAGCUGCAGGAUCUCAUGAUCCAUGAAGCAUACCGGGUCAGAGAGUGUGCUCUGUGCACACUAAUGAAGUUGGUGGAAAAAGAAGGCAAAGCCCCAUUAAUUGCUGUAGACUGGGAUGAACACUACAACUUCCCUCGGGAGCAUUUGAAAUCAGUUGUGGAACGGCUGUUGUCCAAAGAAGAGGACAUGUCUCUCCUGAUCUCCAGGUUUCAGGAAUUCCUGGAUUUUGAAGAUGUGCGGUAUUACGUCAUGGGAUUUGUCACUGAGAAUGUGGCUAAAGUGAUGCAGAAAACAAAAGAGGCAGUGCCACUAUAUCAGAACAAUGUUUUCACCCUAAUGACAAACAUCACUAUGCCCAGCCAGCAGACAGAUUUGGUCAACUUCCUGGUAAAACAGGAAGCAAAACACGAGGAUUGGAAAGCAGCAAAACUGAAAGAUCACAGACGGGUCUUUGAACGGAUGUGGCUUGGCUUUUUGAAAUACAAGUUGCCAAGCGGGAUGUAUAAAAAAGUCCUGGUCAUACUCCAUGACUCCAUUCUGCCACACAUGAGCAAGCCAGCCCUGAUGAUAGACUUCCUCACAGCGGCCUAUGAUGUUGGAGGAGCAAUUAGUCUUCUGGCCUUAAAUGGCUUGUUUGUCCUCAUCCAUGAGCACAACCUAGACUACCCAGACUUUUACAAGAAGCUUUACAGUCUCUUGGAGCCAUCCAUAUUCCAUGUGAAGUACAGAGCACGUUUCUUCCAUUUGGCCAACCUUUUUCUCUCCUCAAGUCACCUGCCAGUGUACCUGGUGGCGGCCUUCGUCAAGAGGCUGUCCCGCCUGGCGCUGACCGCGCCCCCCGCCGCCCUGCUCAUGAUCAUCCCCUUCAUCUGUAAUCUGAUUCGCCGGCACCCCAGCUGUCGGGUCCUCAUCCACCGGCCCAGUGCUGCGGAGGCGACGUGUGAGGAUCCUUAUGUCAUGGAGGAGACAGAUCCAGUCCUGUGCCACGCCAUGGAGAGCAGUCUUUGGGAACUGCAGACCCUGCAGAAGCACUAUCACCCGGACGUAGCGAAAGCAGCUGCUGUGAUCAACAAGCCUCUGUCUGAGCUGGAGGACGACCUCAACGAGGUGCUGGAGUUGUCUGCAUAUGAGAUCUUUGAGAGGGACCUGAAGGCCAAGGCCGGCCCUGUGCCACUGGAGUUUGAGCCAGCCAAGGAGCUCCUGAACAGGCCUGGGGAGGUUGUAGGGCAGCAUUUCACUUUGGAAUAGACAUCAGCUUUUUUUAAAGUACUUCGAUUACUCUUCUAAUUAUACAGAUCAGAAAGGAUGACCAUGUCAAUUUUAGUGCUAAAAUAAAUUUGUAACAAAAAAAUAAAUCUGCCAUGAUUCUUACUUUUUAUUUUUCCAAUGAACAUGAAAUACUGAAGCAAUGAAUUAAAGGAUGCACACCAAAAAAUCAAAGAAGAAACAGUAAUAUGAGAGAAACCAGUCCAGGUCAGAGAAUAGUUCAGGGUGUGUACAAUGGAAACAAGAAGCUUUAAUUACGUCGGGAGAAGUCCAUGUGGUUUGUUGUUUUCUCUGAUUUACAAAAAUAAAUGUAAUAUGGAAGAUGCAUAGUCUUUUUAGGGUAUCAGUAUAAAACUUGCAGAUUUUAAUGUUUUUGUACUUCUGUGUUUUAAGAUGUGGCAGGCAAGUCUUGCACAAUUGUUCAUGAAAUAUGUUUUUCUUCUUACUGUACAUUAUCUGUCUCGGAAUGUAGACAUUUUUAAGUCCUCUUUCUUCAGUUUCAGCAAUCUGCGUAAUUGCUGUCUCCACUGGGCAUAUUUAAUUAUUUUUCUGAGAGAAAAAUAGUUCAGUCAUUUUUCUCAGGCGUCUUUUGUCUAGUUAAUCAAAAACAUAGACCAGUCAUGCCAGUGGGCACCUGGGUAGACCAGUAAGAAUCUGGGAACCUCGACAUGGAAACAGAAAUGAAAUCACAGAUUCCAGAAUCUCUCAAGGGAGACUUGAUUUUAAGAUGCUCAUUAUUCCCAUGUUCCCAUAUAUGAGGGCAAGCACAAGGCUUAUUUCUCAUCGGUUUCCUGAUCUUGGCAAGAUGCAGGAAAGGGAUUGUUAAUUCCAAUUGGUCCAGUCCUUUUUUUAGUUUCAUGAGUGUAAGUGUCUUUUUGUAGAUGCUAUGUCGGCUAAUAUAUAAAUUGUAUGUACCUAUACAGCACAUGUACUAAAAUGGAAAUUCUUCUCAGUGCCUGUAGUUUAAAUAUUUUACAAAUGUGAGCAUUAAAUAUUCCCUAACUCCCUCUUAAAGAAUAUAAUAGAUAUUAUAUUCUGUCCUAUCCUGGGCUGAAGUGUGAGCUGCUCAACCCGGCCUCAGUAGAUCACUGCUCUCACAACUAUAGUAAAAUAAUGUAGCUUCCAUUAUGUUUGCUUUCCUUUGUGUUCUGGGGCACUGCUGGUGUUGGUGUUGUUGAUGUUGCAGACUCCUAUUUGACUCCUAUAGACUCCUUCUAUGAAUUGGCUACAUUACUCUGC